CGCGCGCGCCCCUUGCCCGCCGCCGCCCGCUUCCUGCCGCGUCCGCGCGCCCGCCCCGCCCGAGCAGCGGCCGCAGCCCCGGCCGGGCCCAGUGGGGAGAUGAACACGGUGCUGUCCCGGGCCAACUCGCUCUUCGCCUUCUCGCUGAGCGUGAUGGCGGCGCUCACCUUCGGCUGCUUCAUCACCACCGCCUUCAAGGAGCGCAGUGUGCCCGUCCGCAUCGCCGUCUCCCGGGUCACGCUAAAAAAUGUAGAAGACUUCACUGGACCUAGAGAAAGAAGUGAUCUGGGAUUCGUCACGUUUGACAUUACUGCAGAUCUGCAGAGUAUAUUUGAUUGGAAUGUUAAGCAGUUGUUUCUAUAUUUGUCUGCAGAAUAUUCAACGAAAAACAAUGCCCUAAAUCAGGUGGUCCUUUGGGACAAGAUCAUGUUGAGAGGAGAUAACCCAAGGCUGUCCUUAAAAGAUAUGAAGUCAAAGUACUUUUUCUUUGAUGAUGGAAAUGGUCUCAAGGGAAACAGGAAUAUCACCUUGACUCUCUCCUGGAAUGUUGUACCAAAUGCUGGCAUUCUACCUCUUGUAACAGGAUCAGGACAUGUGUCUGUACCUUUCCCAGAUACCUAUGAAACAACAAAAAGUUAUUAAAUUAUAGUACUGAAUCAUAAGCAAAAUAUUUUUAUACUUGUAUAUUGUGGAUACAUUUUAUUGCAGUUUCUUCUUGCAUCCCAUGCAACUUUUCACUGAAAGGAACUUAAUUUCCUCAGGCUAGUACUAUAGGAAAAGGAAAUGAAAAUUCAGGGGUUUGGGGUUUUUUUAAAUAAAGCAGCUGAAACUUAAGGGAAAGGUAAAUUGCAAAGUAAUGGUCUUAAGGGGGAAAAACUGAGGAUUUUUUUUUUUCCUGGCCAUCUAAAUCUAGAUUCCUUUUCUUUUAAAUAAAUAUUUUUAAACCAGAAGAUAGUAUUCCUGUGUUUGGGCUUUUUAAGUACUGUGAUAGCUAUUUAUUUUGUGUAGACCUCAAGUACACCUUCUGGAGUUGGUUUCUGGGAGUGCCUGAAAGAAACUGCUAUUCCAUUUUAGGGCAAUUUUUAAAAUCCAUGUGCAGUGUGUUACAGUAGGCUAAGCUUGGUCCUUUCUAGGACUGCCAGCAGCUACUUGGAAAACAUUAUUCCUUAUCUGUCAGCCUCAGAUCUUGAGUGCCACUGAUGUAGCCCACAUUUAGUUCUGUAUUGCAAAUCAUUUUAGUAACUGCUUGCAAUGCAGCAAACUGAAGGAAUCAAAAGAAAUCUAUUCAGUGUGAGUCUUAAGACUUUAAGCAUAAGACAUUAAGCUAAGUCGGUAAGGAAAGUGAAAGCUUUAGGUUAAGAAAGGCUUUUCUGAAAUGGAAUUUCUAGAUUUUUACUGGGAUCUGUUCAUCAGGACGAAUUGCUUCUGCUUGUUCCAGAAGGGGCUGAGACAACUAAUACUAGGGGGGACCUUCCAUAGCAAGGAAUAGGAUAGAUGUUCCCUAAACAGUAUGGGUAAACCUUUCCAUAAUAGAGGAUUUCCCUGUGAUAAGAUGGAGUAAUUGAGGCAGAUUUCCAGCUUGAGUGUCAAUGAGUCUGCCUGCAAGUCCUGCUGAGUUGCAUGAACCAGGAAAGGUAGCAAGAAGCGUGUGGCAGCUUCCAUCACCACCUCUGUGGAACAAGUGUCCUGUCUGUGACUGCACAUCCCCCUGUGUGUGCUCCUUCCCCCAGCUACAGCUGUGAAUGCUGUCAGGGUUGGAGAUGGAAGGAGCAGGCUAUCAGGAUGGCCUGGUGGCAGCAGCCAUGGUUUGUAGUGAUUGACUGGUGCGUUUAGGCCAUCGGAUAUCCAGGAGAAGGAGCACACGCCGCUAGCGCCCUCCUGGCACACGCCGUAAUUUACAUGUGUACCUUCAAACAAAGCGUGACAAGGGAAUUUACUGCCACACGGGGAAUGUUCUGGAUGUACUGGG